AUGGCGACAGCACCACGGCUUCGUUCAUCAACAGUCGAGAGAAAAACUUUUGCUAUCGUUCGUCCUCCAUCAUUAGCGAAAGCCACGAAAAAUACCACAACUCCAACCGAAAGAACUAUUGAUCCGUCAGACAAACGAGUUGAUAAUAUUCGUAUUCAUCUUUUAACUAAUAGAAUACAUCGAAAAUUAACAUUCGCUGAGCCAACACUUGUUUUCGAUAGAUUUCUUUAUUUAGGCGGCAUUAAGUCCUUAUAUGAAAAGAAUCGUGCUACUCGUCUAAAUAUUACUCAUGUUCUAUCCGUCGUUUGGAUUCGACCGAAAAGAGAUAUGAUACCUCCGAACGCCAAACAUGUUUUUAUAAAAGCUGAAGACUCUAUCGUAUUUGACAUGACGCCCUAUUUCGAGCAAGCCUGUCGAUUUAUUGAAGAAGCACGGCAAUCGAAUGGUCGUGUAUUAGUUCAUUGCGCUUGUGGAGUAUCUCGUUCGACAACAAUAUGUUGUGCAUAUCUAAUGAAACAUCAUUCAAUGUCACUCGAACAAGCAUUGACUCAGGUUCGUUCGCAGCGUCCUAUCGUGCGACCAAAUACUGGGUUCCUUCGUCAAUUAAUUCGUUUUAAUGAACAAAUAGAAUGCGAAAAAGCAAAUGUUGAUAAACUUACAGAAAAACUAGAGAAUAUUUAA